UCCUGCCCGGGGGUACAGCGAAGCCCUCGCCGGUGCCGGUGCCGGUGCCCGCCUGAGGGAAGCGGCUCCGGUUCAAAUGGCGGCCCCCGCCCCCGCCCGUGCUGCACCGCGGCCCCAAGAUGGCGGCGCCCGGGGAGGGGCGGGCGGGACGCGGAGCUUCGGGGUUCCCGGGCACCGAGAGCGGUUCUUUCCCUUUUCCCUUCCCCGUCCCGCACGGAGCCGCGGGCUCCGGGGCGGAGGAGCCGUCCAAGAAGCCGUGUCGAGCAUGCACGGAUUUCAAGAGCUGGCUCCGGGAGCAGAGGAAGCACACGGCCCCGGGCGGCGGGGACCCAGCGGUGGUGGAGGAGGUGACAGAGCCACCCCCAGAGUGUCCCCUGGACAGCGAGCAGCUGGGCCGCAGCACCUGGGCCUUCCUGCACACCAUGGCUGCCUACUACCCCAACCACCCUACUGCUGCCCAGCAGAAGGAGAUGAAGGACUUCAUCAACCUCUUCUCCAAGUUCUACCCCUGCGAGCACUGCGCUGAGGAUCUGAGGGAAAGGUUACGUACAAACCAACCUGACACUAGCAACAGAAAUAACUUCUCCCAGUGGUUGUGUCUUCUUCAUAAUGAAGUGAACAGGAAACUGGGGAAAUCUGAAUUUGACUGCUCCCGGGUGGCUGAGCGCUGGCGGGAUGGUUGGAAGGAUGGGAGUUGUGAUUAAUCCCCAGGGAAUGCUCUGGAAAGCUCAGAGACUGCUCCAGCCUGGGGCUGGCUCGCUGCAGGGAGAUGUGUGAGGCAAUAACUGUGUGUGUGUGCUCCUGUGCAUGGCUGCUGGGAAUAAAGGUAAACCCAUUCUGGCAGUAAAUUAAAAAAAAUCUUACAGUA